CAAAGACGUAAAAACAUCGUUAAAAAAUGACCACCGCAGCCCGACCAACUUUUGAACCUGCUCGGGGUGGUUCAGGAAGAAACGAAAAAGAUUUGAGUGCCAUUUCCAGACAGUAUUCAAGCAGAGAUUUGCCUGGACACACGAAGUUAAAAUAUAGGGAACAUGGUCAAGGUACAAUCGAUGAAACACGCAGCCGUGAUUUCCGCAAGGAAUUGGAGGAGCGCGAAAAGCGUUCGGGAGCUCGCCCAGAACAUGGCACUAAAAGAUUGAAGAUUGAUCAAGUGCCUGCUGCCAGUUUGGAUGCCGACGACCCUUUGGACGAGGAAGAUUCAGACUCCUCUGAUGACGACGACGAUACCGAGGCACUAUUGGCCGAAUUGAACAAAAUCAAGAAAGAGAGAGCCAUGGAGAUGGCCAAAAAGGAGAUUGAAAGGCGACAGGAGGAGGAACGGAUUCGAAUGGAGAAUAUUCUUAGUGGAAAUCCUUUGUUAAAUCAUUACUCUGGAGGAACUGGAGGAAAAACUGAGCAUAAAGUUAAGAGGAGGUGGGAUGAUGAUGUGGUUUUUAAGAAUUGUGCUAAGUCAGAGCCUGAGAAGAAAUCAAAUGUGUUUAUUAAUGAUUCCUUGAGGUCUGAUUUUCAUAAGAAGUUUAUGGAGAAAUAUGUUAAAUAAGUAAAGUACAAUAAGUAUAGUAAGUUAAUUUUAAGAUGCAGUUUUGAUAUGAGUGAACAUUUUAAUGUUAAAUAAUUGCUUAGCAAAAAUAAAUGUGUUGAUUUGGGUCAAAUUUAAGCAAUUAUUUUUAUCAUUACUUACCUAAUUUUAA